AUGUCUCCAACGAUGAAAGUGAAUCCAUCAAAUAAUGCAACAACAACAACAACAACAUCGUCUCCAGCGGAUGAUGAAAUAUCUCAAUCAUUGCCAUCGCUUACAACAUCAACUGAGUUAAAAAAUCAGUGUUCAAACGCAGAUUUAUCUAAUCAAAAUCUUUCAACAGUAUC